AGUCUUCCUUUGAAGAACUGGUUCCCCAAAUACUAGCGCUCUGUCACCGGCUUUGAGAAGUCUGGCUCUCUCAGUGUCACUGCCACCCGGAGACAUCCUGCUUACUGUGUGGCAGCAAGGAAGGGGACUGCAGCGCUGGAUGGUCUUCCUGUAAAAACAGCAGAAACAGGAGCAGUGGGAAGUGUCAUGUGUGAGGAAUGUGUGGAAUGAGGGGGCAGCUGAAGAGCCAAUGUCAGGACAGCGUAUGAUCCCCGGUAUCCCUGGGGAGGAGAGCUGGGAGGAGAGCUGCAUGGAGGCCUAUGAAGAGCCAUCCGCCUCUUGAGACCUGCCGGUUAAGUACUGCAAAUCUGGGGCCCUAUCUGAUGGAGCUGCUGAAGGGAUUUCCGUUGCGUCGUGCUUUCCUGGCUGUCAUCCUGAACCUGCUGGCUCUCAGCCUCUCCACCACUGCCUUGCUCGGCAGCUACUGGUGCACCGGGACCCAGAAAGUGCCCAAGCCUUUGUGUGGGAAGAGCAAAGCCACCAAGUGCAUCGGUGUCCCCAUGCCGUCAGACGCAGGUGCUAGCAAUGUUUCAUCCCAGGAGGAGGUGCACUACAGCUGGGAGACUGGGGAUGACCGCUUUGCCUUCAGAUACUUCCACACUGGGAUGUGGCUUUCCUGCGAAGAGAGCAUGGAAGGGCCAGAAGAGAAAUGUCGUAGCUUUAUUGAGCUUUCACCACCGGCAGAAAGAGGAAUCCUGUGGCUCUCACUGGGAUCGGAGAUGCUGUACAUCAGCUUGCUGCUCAUCAGCUUCAUCCUCAUGAUGGUGGAAAUGCUGCAUACGGGCAAUCCUGUCUGUGGGUUGAAGCUCAACGCCUUUGCUGCUGUCUCCUCAGUGUUGUCAGGUCUUCUUGGGAUGGUGGCGCACAUGAUGUACACUCAAGUCUUCCAGGCAACGGUUAGUCUGGGACCAGAGGACUGGAGACCGCACUCAUGGGACUAUGGCUGGGCAUACUACAUGGCCUGGGCCUCCUUCACCUGCUGCAUGGCCUCUGCUGUCACCACUCUCAACACCUACACCAAGACGGUGCUGGAGUUCAAAAGGAACCACAUCAAGGGUUAUGAUGCGAACUUCAAGGAUCAACCUCAGCACCACCAGUGCUUCAUACAGCAGCAAAUAAGCAGCUACUACGAGCCGCAAACCAAGCCCCUCCAUUCAGUCUCUGAGGGAGUCGACUUCUACUCUGAGCUGCAGCAGAAAGUGCUACAGCGGGAACCAGAGCUGGAACUGGAUGACAUCUUGGGACAGACAAUCGGGGAGGCUCGCUGUUAGAGCGCACAGGGACAGAGCAGCGGGGUUUGGGAGGCACAGGAGCUCUGAACCAAACACUAGCACCACUGUUAGCAAGUUCUUGGGGAGCUCUUCCUUCCUCUACUGUUUGGGGAGUGAGAAGAGAAGGUGGGCACUGGGCCAGGGCAACAGCAAUGUCAACAGUAGGUGGGUGGGUCCUCCCUGAUCACAGUUUGAUGGGUGUCCUCAGCUGGGAAGGGUGAAACUGGAAGGACAUGUUGGUGCCAGCUGUCUCCAAGCACUUUCAGACAGAGUUGAGGCAGUUGUCCUAAUCCCAGCACUAUUGCACCGGGGAAUCCAGCUGACAAAUUGCAGUGCUGGGCCUCUUUGGGUGGUGUCACAUUGACCUUCCUGCAACCCCCCCUGGUUCAGCAUUAGGGUGAAGGGCAUUGGUGCUCAUAUUGAUUGGCUGUAAUCCUCUCUGAACACCCUAUUUGUUCUUCAUUUCCAGGCCCAACCUCCUCUUCUCCCUGCCCCCACGUAUUAAAAAGGCUGCUGCAGUAGGGAUGGGGAGCUGCUUUCAGACAUCUCUCUCCUCCUCUUUACCAUCUGUAAUGACUCCCACAUGCUCCCUUCUUGCUUUUUCCCCCAAAAUCUCCCAUUCUGAGGUACCUUCCUGUCUGUCUCUUUCUACUGUGCUUCUACACAACCUUUAAGAAUCUUUGGCUGGGCUUUUGCUUUUUUCUUUGUUUCUUUUCAUCUGUCCCCUUUUCCCCAU